GAAGAGUUGUCAAGCUUCUGCUGGUCCAAACGUACGGUGACUGUCCCUUUCUUGGGCCCAGGGAGGAUAGUGGACAUCUUGUAGCUAGCACUUGCUUAUAAUAACCACAACGAUUUGGUCUUUACACAAUAAAAUCCAAUAUAAGGAAUGCAACUCAGGUACUACUGAUCAAAGGUGUUUAAAGUGCAACGAGCCUUUAUUAAUUUACCUGUGACGUAAAGCCUCGGUAAUACUGCGUAGUCUUUGCGCGCGCUGCAAUCUCUGCAGAAAGUGGAUUCUGCCUUUUUGCACGGACCGCUUUUGGAAUAUAGAGUGAGUGUCAGAAGUUUCAUUAGGCUCUUCAUCAUGGCGAGUCAGUCGAUGGAGAUCAUGGCCAAGGCGCUGGAGCAGCAGGUGCUGCAGUCAGCCAGGAUGGUGGAGGAGCAGCUGGAUGCAGAGCUGGGGAAGCUGGAGCGCAUGGAUGACGAUGAGAUGGAAAAGCUGAAGGAGAGGAGGAUGGAGGCCCUCAAGAAAUCCCAGAAACAAAAGCAGGAGUGGCUGGGUAAAGGGCAUGGGGAGUACAAGGAGAUUCCCAGUGAGAAAGACUUUUUCCCUGAGGUGAAGGAGAGCAAUCGAGUGGUCUGCCAUUUCUACAGAGACUCCACCUUCAGAUGCAAGAUCCUGGACAAGCACCUUAGCGUCCUGGCCAAGAAGCACCUGGAGACCAAGUUCAUCAAGCUGAAUGUGGACAAGGCUCCAUUCCUGACAGAUAGGCUGCGGAUCAAGGUGAUUCCCACGCUGGCACUGGUAAAGGACGGGAAGACCAAGGACUACAUAGUGGGUUUCACAGACCUAGGAAACACAGAUGAGUUCCCCACAGAGGUGCUGGAGUGGAGACUGGGCUGCUCCGACAUCAUCAACUACAGUGGUAACCUCAUGGAGCCCCCCACCCUGACACAGAAAUCUGGUUCAAAGUUCACCAAAGUGGAGAAGAAGACCAUCAGGGGGAGAGGACACGACUCAGACUCUGAAGACGACUAGAAGACCCUGUCAGCCUUCAACUUCCGUCUCUCUCGCUGGGCUACUAACCGGCAGAACCAUCUCUUCCUGUUUUGUUCCUUUCCCAUGUUUCUAUAAUUUUCCUAUUUAUCCCAGUCUUCCAUGCUUUGUUUUUUGUUGUGUGUGUGGACUUAAUCAUGAGUUCAUAUUUAAUUACAUUCAAGUGAUUUUUGGUUGUUUAUUUCCAACCUGCAAAUAAAAGGAUACUUAUCUGAACCAAUGAA